AUGCUUGAAUACCCUUUUGAAAAUGAUGAGUCGCUGAGAAAAUUUACUCUUCAUCGGGACAUAAACAAAUCCACAAGGCUCUAUCAUAAAUGCUUUUUAUGCAACGAUAACAUAGGAAGUUCUAAAGAGAAAGUCACUCGUGCGCGAAAAUUAAGAGUCAGAACACACUACAAUCAAUGCAUCGCAGUUGCUGAUAUCUUCGGCAGAUUGGAGGAAGUCCAUUCGAAGAAGCAAGUGUUAGAGAAUCACGCGUCGUUUCAACUUGGUCCUGACUGCUCGUUUUGCGCUGAAAAGAAUUUCAAGGAUUCCGAUGAGCUUCUUCUUCACUAUCUUUUCUGUGAUCCGGCAACAGAAAUUAUAGAAGAAAGCAAAAGAAAUUCGCAAGAGCAAGCUGAGUCCCAACAGAGCCUUCGCGACGGACUGGAAGGAGUCGAAAUUGAUCAUGACGCUGGUCAUCAGAGUUCCUCAACAAACAGCUCACAAUCAACAGAUGGGUCGAGUGUCUCUAAGCCGAGUGAUCCUUCUGAUGACGAAUAUGCUCGCGAAGAAAGCUUAAAUGAAACUCGGGAGUCGAUUGAGAACAUGGUGAAACGAAUGCGCAAAAUUAAGGACAAGGAAUUCGGCGAAGCUUCAGCAGAACUGAGCAAAGCAAUGUUAGCUAUUUACAACGAACGAAAAAGUGAAGUCCCGGAGAACAGCUUCAACUCAAAUUUUGCGCAACAUUGGUUCCACAUCCCCCACAAGAUGAAAAUUCAAGCUUUAGCGUGCGUGCUUCCCGAGUCAUUCAUGUUUGGCGUUGAUCGAAAAACUCAAAACCGAUUCGUUAAAUUCUUCAAUAAUCUAUCAGAGCCUUUUAAAGAGCCAAAACAUCCUCAGACCAUGACAGUUCAUCACAUCGAAGAGGCGCUUCUUCUGAAAGAAAAACAGAUAUAUGAAAUUGCCGAUGAAGAAGCAGACCAACACGGAAAAAUAAUGCGCGGAGUCACCGAUGAAGAUAUCUCUUCUGUCCUUCAGUACUUAUAUUUCCACUCCGAUGAAGCGCCGGAGACGGAUAUAUUUGAGUUCUAUGAGCAGCGUCUCCGGAAGAAAACAUCGGAAAACUUCUUUCGCGUCUUCAUGUCAGAAGAAAACCACAAGCUUUACUCAGUAGUACAGUUUGAAGUUGCAAGUCCAGAAGAAGCCGAUGACAACAACGACGAGAACAAUCAACCGCCGCUCGAUGAAGACGCGCAAAAUUUUGCUCAAAGAGAGCCAGAAGAUGAGCCGAUCGAUGAUUACGCGCAAAAUUUUGCGCAAAGAGAGCCAGAGGAUGAGGCGUUGGAUGAAGACGCGCAAAAUUUUGCGCAUGAAGAGCCAGAAGAUGAGCGGCAAAACCUUGCGGAAGACGAGCCGGGAGCAGAAGCGGAAGAGCCAGGAAAUGCGCAAAAUUAUUCAAAGCCUGUCAAAAAGAAAUUUCGCUGCGAUCGGAGGUUAGCGCACAACAAAUUCUCUUUGCUUUGCGAAGAAUUCAACAAGGAGAGAUGCAGAGACGGAAAGCCUCAAAUCUCUGCAUUUCAGUUCAAACAGCUCAUUCCGCCUCUUUUUGUUGAACCAAAAGUCAAAGAUGAAUAUUCGUGCUUAUGCGCACCCUGUUUUUCUUUGCGAAACACAUUGUCUAGAGUUGCCGAUCUCUUAUUCCUUCUGAAGAUCACGGAACGCAAUCUUUCAAUUGAGGAAGUCAUCGUAUUCCUCAUGGAGGUUAAAGGCUGUGACGAUCCGCUGUAUCCUUCAUUAGGAGUGUUCGAUGAUGCUUGCGCAAAAUUUAGCUGCUCUCAUGGUCCCAACUCAAAAGCCGAAAUCAACGUUGCGCUUUCAGAAAAAUAUAAGAAGAUCAAAGACAUCAUGGAAGACACGUCAACCGAUGUCUUGCCGAAGUUUUAUGUCAAAGUGAUGGCUGAUCUUGCAAGGAAAAGAGACAAUGAGAGGAGAAUUCUCAAAAACAUUGCGCAAACCAAAACACUUUCCGCAAAAGAACUACUGAUUGAGGCUGCGCAACGUUGCAAGAACGAUCUUUUUCAUCAUAAUGAGACGCGACAUACAGGCCAUCUUUGCACAAAAUUGAGACGCGGAAUAAUCCAUCCUCCAACCGCUUUGAUCUGUGAAUGCGAUUUCAGUGGAGAAUACAGUGCCGGGAAAACUGGUGGAACGGUCACCCAAAAUAACGCGCUUCGCGGUAACAACGACGAGCUUGUCAUCCAUUGUUUCACCAUUUGGGGAUAUUUUAUGCUCGAUGGUAAACUAACGAGAAGAAGAUUCAAUUCCUGCUUGAUGUAUUGGAAAGACGACAGCAAUGCUUAUUCGAAAAAGGGCGGACAUAUUGUAAAGCUUCACUUCCAGAAAUGCUUAAAAUACAUCGAGGACAAUGAAGUUUUCGAGGGCUACGAACGUGCGAUUCUCAUGAGCGACCAGGCUGUCGAUUAUCGAUCGUGGAAAGUACUUUCUGAUGUGUCUGACGAGGAUGGAUGGGGCCUUCCCGUAUGCAAAGUUUUCAAACAAAGUCGCCACGGGAAAAGCACGAUCGAUGGUGUUGGAGGGCAUGCGAAAACAAUGAUGAAGCGCGACGAGCUCAAUGGGAAAUGUAUUCCUGCUAUUGGCCUCGGCGAUUAUCUUCCUUCUCUCGGUGAACGACUGACUGCUAACAUGGUCGAUCCGAAUGGCAUCUUUCAUUGCUUUGCUCAUAUCCCGCUUCCAACAGACUUGCGCAUUAUGAUGGUACAUGACAAUCUCUUUAUGAAUAUGGGAAAGCUUUCGAAAAAGGGCAGCGACGGAUCGAAAAUAAUUACUGGACAAAGAAGUAUCCGUAUGAUCAAGGCAAAGGUCGAAGAAAAGCGAUCCGGCAGCUACUACUUGUAUAAUAUAAGCAAUACUGUCUGUCCAGAUUUAUGCGAUUCUUGUCUCUUCUCUGCUGCAGACUUCUGUUCAAAAUGCGUUUCCUACGAAAUCUCCGGCAAUCAGGCCGAGUUUCACCCACUUGAAUAA